AUGGAUAUCUCUGUUACGUCAGAAAAUUUGGAUCAACAGGAACUUAUUCAAGCGUCUGAAAACCCUUUUGGUGCUGACAACAUAACUGUAUGCACUUGUAGGGGUAUGUGUUUAAGAGAAAGUGGUCGUAAUGCGUGUCCCUGUAAAAAUGUUGGACAUUUUUGUUCAUCAGCUUGCCAUAGGCGAAUGGCUUCGACUACUUGUCUAAAUAAAAGAAACGUCGUACACGGGAACUUAUCUUCAGAUUCUGAUGAUACACAAGUGAGUAUUGGGCAAUGGUUGCUUUUUUAUUUUCGACAUUGAUUGAAGUUUUAUUUGUCAUAUUGACUGAACGGGUGCCUCGCAUUUUGAUUCAUUAUAAAUAAAAUAAUAUCUGACAGGACUUUUGUACAUUUUAUACAGUACAUUAUUUUCCAGGUUUAAUACAUUACCAAAUUAUUUAUAUAUUUGCAAAUCAUGUUGCACAUGAAAGAGUAGGGCAUGUGCAACCAUUAUAUAUAGCCUGAACUGCAUUCUAAACAAUUUACAAUACUUGUAGUUAUGGAAGUAAGUUAAUUAGCCUUUUCUAUUCAUACAAAAGGCAGUCAACAUACAUGUCAUUGAUAUCAUGUUUACAAAUAUUACAAUUAUUCUCAUUUCCUUGGUCAUUUCCCACUUGACGUUGAAAAGUAAGCGUUUAGCAUCAUAUUUAAGUAAAAUCAUAUCCCACCCCUUCUUGUCAUGAAUUUUUUGCCAGCCCACCCUUUGUAGCCCAGAAUGUUUUCAUUGCCUCUCCAAACAUCUUCUACCCACCCCAUAAGUAAUUUAGGCUGUGGGCUGUUGUGCGAAAAAGUGCCUAGAAAAGCAAUUUCGUGGCACCCUCCUGGGAAAUAGAUUUUCUGUGGUUCAAUUCAUAGAACCAUAGAUGCUUAAUUACCGCAAAAAGUUCCCAAGCAGAAAACUUGCCCAACACCGCGAAAAUGGGUGAUCAGUGAUUAUCCUCUAUUAAAUUGUAUUACAAUGUAAAAUUUUGUAUUUGUAUGUAAAUUUUGUAUGUAAAAUUUUGCAUACAAAAAGCUACAUAUAAGACAUUUAAACAGUUUUUUUCAUAUCUAAAAUUGUUUACAAGUUAUAUGCUGUCAAAAACGUGUUUUGACCUAGUACCCAGUCCUUAUUGCGGCAUUUUGGUCCAAUUUUCACAUUUAAAACAGCAAUAACUCAAAGACUAUUUGAAAAAUAAAAAACUGUUUAAAAGUGUUAUAUGCGUUUUUUUUGUACGUUUUCCAAGGAUGCAAGUCAUUUUUAUUGAAUUAUCGUAAUUGAAUACAGAAUUUCCCAUUUUUUUUGCUGUAAUACAAUUUAAUAGAGGAUAAUCAUUGAUCACCCAUUUUCUCGGGAUUGGGCAACUGUUUUGCUUGGGAACUUUUUUUGGUAGUGAUGUACCUAUAUGCCUUUCAAAUAAACCCCAAACCAAAUAUUUCCCACAUGGGUGCCACAAAGCGAAAUAAUUUUGGCCAACAGCCCACAGCCUAAUUAAAGUUUUAAAAAUUUCAGGAAUCCUCAGAUACAAGCUUUAACAUUAGCCAACAAUCAUAUGGUAGUAGUACAGUCAGUAGACGUGGACGAUCUGGCGUGACUAUACGUGGGUUUGGUGCAAGGUCAAACAGAGGGCGUGCCAGAAGAGGUGGUACGUCGAGAGGCAGAGUGAGACAGACCAAUAGAGGUCAAGGAAACAGAGGUCAACGGAACAGAGGUCAACAGAACAGAGGUCAGAGGAAUAGAGGUCAAAGAAAUAGAGGACAACAAAGAGGAAGAGGGCAUGGCAGAUUAGUAGCUGAGGAGAAUUCGGAAGAGAGAAGGGCUCAGCAUGAAGAACAACUGCAGGUGAUAAUAAACUCAAUUUGAAUUCAAAAUAGGUUAAUUGUUUCAUUUUAUUAAUUACAAGUAUGUGUGGUACACAUAAUAUCCAAACAAUGCUGUAAAAAUCAUUGUAUUUCUAGUAUACCAAGUAAUAUGAAUUUGUAUGCAUUGGUUUAUUCUUGAAAUGUCUUGACUGUGACCAUGGAACAUCAUUUUGGUUUGUAAACAUGAGAUAAGAGGAAACAUGGCAAUACAGUAGAGGGUCCACAAAAUAUACUGUUUCCUUAUAGUUUGAGUCAGUAUUCUAUUAUAUAUACAGAAUAUCAAGUGUCAAGGAAAUUGUGUUAAAUUAUUGCAUGACGUGAACUUAUAUUGCCCACAUAAAAAUAACAGUACCAAACUAUUUUAUUCUUAUUUAACAUAUACUGUAGUAACAGCAUACAAUGAACCACAUCAGAGCUAAUCUUUAGUAGUAAAAAGACAAAUUUAAUGAAUUUCACAUGUUACUAUAUUGUCUAAUCAGAUGGAAAAACAUUAAUUUUGACACUUGGUAUAUACUGUAAUAUGCUUUAACGUAUUAAUAAUUAAAUAAUACUCUUUAACAAGCGAUUAUGUGGUGAAAUCCAACCUCAGAGUCGUUAUAAUACAGGGCUUUAAAUUUUUCAGCAGUAUCCAACGGGAUACUACCAACUUGAAAUGGUAUCCACCAAGAAAAUCUAGUAAUUCCAGUAUCCCAAUUUAAAAUGUUGUAUCCUGUUAGAUAAUUGUAUGUGUAAAAUAAAGUACACUGUAGGGUUAGUUACAGUAUGUCAUCACUUAUGUUAACACAUCAUUAAUUAACAUCAAACCAAAUGCACCGUAUUGAACUUACACUUCAGUUAAUUGAUUUGCUACUUCAGGAUUUUUUCUACUACAUUAUUUGCUUAUUUAAAACACGUAAUUGAAACUGAGAUUCUUUAAUUACAGGAUACUGUAUUUGUUCAACUGACAAAUAUAAUUCUAUGUAUCAUUAGGAACUGGUAAAUAACUUAGAUGAUGCAACUCUUCGAGUACUAACUGCAGAAUUGCUCAGACGGCAACCAGCCAUGUUUGCAGAUUUGGUGAAUGGAGAGCUACCUGUGUUUCAACAGGGUAAUAUAAACGAAUUGCCUGAGCAACCAGAAUACAACAAUCAACCUGAGUGGUGCAAGUGCGGUGUAUGUAUUGUGAUGCCAACUCAAGCUGAAAACAAGUGUUGCACACAAACAGUUCAACCAUGCAUUACAACACACCCUUUGUUUUAUCAAAUCGUUUUGGAUCCUAACAUACUUGAUAUUGCAAUGAGAUACAAGGAAGAUGUGUUGGCUAUGGAGCAUCCACGGAACAAUGAAAAUUUUCGCCACACUGCGUACAGACAGUUUGUGCUAUGGCAGCAUGGCCGGUUAGGUCAAGGUGACAGACGUGUUGUCCCAAGUUGCUGUGUUCAGACAAUCAGGAAAAGAUACCCAUCACCUAAUGGUAUUUACGUUGGUUUUCGACCAGCACGGUUGUAA